GGAUGGAGAACGUAACAGCGAGCGAAGUGGCCGGCUUCGCGGUGGGGGCUCUGCUGGUCUGCGCCACCAUUUCUGCUCCCAGAAUCGACGCUUUCAUCUCUUCUUCUCAGCGCAGCUCCUUGGGUAUGUGCAAGAGAUGUGGUGACCUGAGAAUGAUAGCAUGUUCAAAAUGCAGAGGAGUUGGAUCAACCAAAGCAGGUGGACUGUUUGGUGUCAACAUUCUUGCUGACUUUUACGAAUCGUUUGGAAGAGACGAAUCGAACCUGCCUUCUAUCCCGUGCUCGAGAUGCAACGCUAAAGGUCGCUUCAGCUGUCCAGAUUGCUGCUCUCAAUCAAUCUCAUGAACUUGAACUUUUUUUCUUUUGUUCUUGGGUCAUGUAGAUAUGAAAUUUUCCAUUUUCAAUAUUAUGGAAAUGUACCAAUAGCUUCUCAUUAUCUCUUCUUUGCUUUUCUUUUUUUCCUUACCUUUUUUACCACUUUCAUCUUUUCAUGAAUAUUACUUUGAAGCAUCUGCAUAAAGCUGAAAUUCCAGAAAUGAAGAUAUAUGGUGAUGAAGAUUUCAACUUCA